UCAUUCCCCUCGAUACACAUGCACAUGAGUGAGGAAGCUCCUUGGCAUGCUGUUAUUCUAAAUAAUAGAUGACAGUGGAGAAAAGACGAGUGAGUGAAUGAGUCAGAAGUGACUUGGUCAAGCAUUGCAGGAUUGGCCCAGAACGUAGUUGAAUUCCUGGAGGACUGUGUUGGCUGUAUGGGUACAGGAGGAGCUUGCCAGUUUGUAUGUGGACUCCAAAAAGACCAGAGAGUGUCCACGUGCAUUUGAAGUCUGGAGAAGUCAUCCCUGUGUUCCUAUCAACCAGGCAGAAUCGAAUUUUGGAUUCCUGUGCUCACGCGCAAAGAGCAGGAUCCAGGGUCCAGUGAGGUGCUGAGCAUGUCUUUCGCUAUGGUACGACCAACACCGGGUCACUUCCUGUGCUCUGAAAUCAGGACGCUUUCGGAGGACGACGACAACGGUAGCGAAGGAUCUGGGUCUGACGAUAAAUCCUUCAGCAUGGCUUCCCACGGCUACAAUGGCUUUAAACUGGGCGCUCGCAAAAAAAGGUACGGCUGUCGAGCUGCGGCAGUCACCACAGAGAUCCAUUCACCGAUUCCGGAAGGACGGCCGAGGAACGUCGCAAACGCCCGGGAACGAGAUCGCACGAAUAGCGUUAAUACAGCAUUCACCGCUCUGAGGACAAUGAUACCAACCGAACCAGCUGACAGGAAACUGUCUAAGAUUGAGACUUUGCGACUGGCGUCCAGUUACAUCUCUCACCUCGGAAAUGUUCUGCUGGUUGGAGAUGAGUGUGGGGACGGCCAGCCCUGUCUCAGGAGCUCUCCAGGUUUAUUUCAUCAACACAACCACCACCAGAAAAACACAACACCCAGCCCAGACUCAGAGAACUCCCAGCCCAGACAAAUCUGCACCUUUUGUCUCAGUAAUCAGAGACGACUGAACAAAGGCCGAGAAAGAAAAACAGCCUUAAGGAGUUAAUGAAGAGGAUCAGUUCCGUCUGAUUGAACUGCACAUCCAAUGUAAAUUUGCUGUAUAUAAACUGUGUAAAGGCUAAGUGAACGUAACUCUUCUUAAUCCAGUUACAACAAUAUAAACUUCCUAGUGGAUUGCAUCAUUAUGGACACCUACAGUGCCUUUCAGCAAUUCAAUAUGUAGAAGCUAUAGGCUAUGUUACUUUUAUCAUAACCCCUUAUUUUUGUACUUUAUACAAAGCUUGAUGUUUGUACAGAAAUGGACAAAGGUUUAACUGGAUUGACUUUUUUUGCUAGUUUACAAUUACAUAUCCUCAUACAAGAACAGGUACAGAAAACUUGACUGUGUGUCACAUAGCCAGACCUUUGACUAGAAAACCUAAAAAAUGCCUGUAUUGUCUAAAAACCUUUGACUUUCAAAGAUGGCUGGCAUAUCAAAUGCAGUUUAUUUCGUUUUUACUUGAUUUUAGAAAAGUUUUUUUUUAAACCAUUUCUUUAACAGCACAUCAAAACUCAACAAAUUUUUUAUUUUGUUUGCAUUAUGCUUCACAAGGUUAACAAGCAGAUUGUGGGCUGUCUGUCAGUGUGUUGAAGAUGGGACUAGGCUGUGUCCGAAAUAGCCCCCUUAUGCUGUUUGAGGAACAUCCAUUUUUUGUGUCUGAUAUCAAAGCUGACCUUACUGAGUGCACUUCAAUCCCACAAUAUAUUGCAAUAAUGCGUAUACAACUGAUGUAAACUGCCAGCUAGCUGCUACCAAGCCACUGAGGCUUGCACCAAAUUAAUUCUCGUGUCUCGGCGGAAGACGGGGCCCGCAGCACUUCCAGCGAGCUCACUCAUUUUUAUUUACUCCUUCAAGUGGACUAUAUUAAUGAACUGAUGUAGGGGCAACAUGAUCUCAUGAAAAGUUGUGUUAUAGUCACAAAAAAAAAAUUUCUUAAUUUUUUCGUGUCCAUGGCAUGAAAUUCUGCUUUUUUCAUGUCACAAAUGUCUUUUUUUGUGUCACUUGCACAAAUUUCUAUAGAGUAUUUGUAUUUGUGUCCGUGGCACAACUUUUUUUUUAGUGUCAUUUAUGUAUUGAUUUCUCAUUUCUUAUUUUCCUAUUUUUAAAUCAUUGUGGUAAGGGUUAGGAUGUACUUUUAUGUAUUGGUUUCUACAUGUUUUUCUUCCACUUUUAAAACUAUUCUCGUCUGGAGUUGGGGUUAGAGUUGGGGUUUGGAUGUCUAUAACAGAAUGUGAUUCUAACCCCAACCCCAAGCAACAAUGGUAAGAAAAUUGGAAAAAACAAUGAGAUAGCAAUACAUAAAAUGACACAAAAAAGAAAGUCGUGCCAUGGACACGAAAAACUAUAGAAAUUUGUGCGAGUGACACAAAGAAAGCAGAAUUUCAUGCCAUGGACACAAAUAAAUUAAUCCAAAUGUUCGUGACUAUAACACGACUUUCCGUGAGAUCAAUCUGUGUAGGGAAAAGGGAAUGGUGGUAUGGGGGCUAUUUCGGACACAGCCAAAAUUUUAUCUAACCAACACAGAUAUUCGAUCACACCAUCUGUUUGUCUAUGUGGUUUUGUAUAUAAUGUAUAUAUUUUGUGUACACUUUUUCCACUUACUGAACUACAUUGUUUAGAAUUACAUUGUGUCUGAUAUCAGUACAUAUUCCGCUAUUACAAGCAAAGUUUUUUGUUCUGAUAUUGUAACAGAAUAAUUAUUGUUAUUUAUUUAUAUCAGUGAAAUCU